AUGUCGACCGCCGACGAGAAGGACCAGUACACCAUUGGCGUGGACGCAUCAACCGACCACGGUGUCAAGGAUAUCAUCCAUGAGAAGGGCAACAACAUUGGCGAAGCCGCCGAUCUGUACGGUGACCUACAGACAGCUGAGCAGUACGGAUACGUCGAGCGCGGCCUCAAGUCGCGACACAUCCAGUUCAUCGCUCUUGGCGGUACCAUCGGUACUGGUCUCUUCCUCGGUAUUGCCACUGCUUUUGCCAACGCUGGUCCUCUUUCUGUCCUUCUUGGUUACACCAUCACCGGUUGCGCUGUCUUUGGAAUGAUGCAGUGUCUCGGCGAGAUGGCUACUUGGCUUCCUCUUCCUGGUGCCAUUCCUCAGUACUGCGCUCGCUACACGGAUCCUGCUCUUGGCUUCGCUGUCGGAUGGAACAACUGGUACCAAAAUGCCAUUACUCUGUGUGCUGAGAUCUCUGCUGCCGCACUUGUUAUCAACUUCUGGGAUCAAGAAGGCAAAGUCUCACCUGCUGUGUGGAUCACAAUCAUCAUCGUAAUCAUCGUGGGCCUCAACAUCUUUGCCGUCGGCAUCUAUGGUGAAGCCGAGUUCGUCUUCGCGUCGAUCAAGAUUAUCACCAUUUUGGGCCUGCUCACUGUCGCCCUUGUUAUCAUGCUCGGUGGUGCGCCUGACCACGACCGUCGUGGCUUCAGGUACUGGAAGGAGGGCGCGAUGAAGGAAUACGUCGGUACUGGCGCCACUGGUCGCUUCACUGGUCUGUGGUCUACUCUUGUCAACGCCGCCUUCUCUUAUGGUGGUGUUGAGAUGGUUGCCGUUGCUGCCGGUGAAGCCGUCAACCCUCGCAAGAACAUUCCCAAGGCCGUUCGUCGUGUCUUCUGGCGUAUCCUGUUCUUCUACGUCCUCGGAUCCUUCAUGAUCGGUGUCACUGUUUCCAGCAACGAUCCUGCGCUCACUGACGAGAACGCCAAGGGCGCUCAGAGCUCGCCAUGGGUCAUCGCCAUGAAGAAUGCUGGUAUCCCAGCUCUGCCCCACAUCAUCAACGCGGUCAUUCUUACCUCUGCGACCUCGUCUGGCAAUGCUUUCCUGUACAGUGGUUCGCGUUACUUGUUCGCUGUUGCCCAGAACGGCCAAGCCCCCAAGUUUCUGUUGAAGUGCUCCAAGAGUGGUGUUCCUUACUACUGCGUCGCGAUCACCGCUUCCAUCAGUCUGCUCACCUACAUGAGCGUGUCCACCGGUGCCAACACCGUCUUCCUGUGGUUCCAGAACUUGACCACCAUUGCCCAGCUCUUCACCUGGUGCUCUGUCUGCUACACCUACACUCGUUUCCGCAAGGCACUCAUCGCCCAGGGCGUUGACCGCAACACUUUGGUCUUCAAGAGCAAGUGGCAGCCAUACACCGCCUGGGUCGCCUUCGUCUACUUCGGUUUGAUCAUCAUCUUCAACGGUUUCAAGGUGUUCACCCAGACAAAGGGUGGUUGGGGCUCCGACCAGCUUACCUCCUUCUUCACUGCUUACGUCGGUAUCCCCAUCUUCGUCCUGUUGUUCGCCUUCUGGAAGAUUUUCAAGCGCUCAAAGAUGGUCAACCCUGCCGAGGCCGACAUUUGGUCUGGCAAAGCUGCUCUUGACGCUGAGGUCUGGCCGGAGCAGCUCCCCAGAAACGCUCUUGAAAAGUUCUGGUUCUGGCUGUGCUAA